AUGAACCCUGCUCCUCGACCUGAUCCAAAUGCUCAUUCUUUCGAUUGGGACAAUGCAACCUUUGAUGAAGCGUGGCAGUACAAUGAAGCGAAGCGUGCAAAGGAAGAAGAUCGAGCCCAAAAGGCAGAGCCAAAGUCAGAGGCCGAGAAGGAGCAGGGACCUGUUAAGCAGAAGGAGACUCCAGUUUGA